AUGUCGCUAAAUCUAGCCAGACUCCCGCUGGGCGAACAACUCACCCUCGUCCGCCAAGUCCUCGAAACGAACAAAACCCUCCUCAAAGUCCUCUCCCUCGCCACAACCCUCAACCUCCCAAGCUGGUACCUCGCAGGCGGCGCCGUCUCCCAAACAAUCUGGAAUUACACUUCCUCGCUCCCGCCCACAACAGGCAUCUCAGAUUACGACCUCGUCUACCACGACGACUCGGACCUCUCCUACGAGGCCGAAGAUGCUGUGAUCCGUCGCGGGCGCGAGUUGUUCGCGGGUAUCCCUGGCGAAAAGGUGGAGAUCCGGAACCAAGCGCGGGUGCACCUGUGGUAUGAGGAGAAGUUCGGGGCGCCUUGUCCGGCGCACGAGUCGACCGAGGCCGGGAUCGAUACGUGGAUCACGACGAGCGCGAUGAUUGGGGUGCGGGUUGAGGGGGACGGGGCGUGGAGGGUUUAUGCGCCGAGGGGGUUGUCUGAGCAUUUUGCCAUGAUUGUGAGGCCGAAUCCAAUGGUUGGGGUUCAAGAGGCGUAUGAGACCAAGGCGAAGAGGUGGAUGGGAAUUUGGAAGGAUUUGAAGGUGAUGCCGUGGACGGAGAGUGAGACGCCUAUGAGAUUUGACGAACUCGAGAAGAAGCUCGAGGAGAGGGAAAAUGAGACGGCGUAG